CCAGUCUGGUACGUGCGUGUCGUCGUUGAGACGCACGUUGAUGUUGAGGCGACAGCAGGCAGGCGGGUGGGUGAAUAAAAUUUAGUUCCGUGCCAAAUCAACGCUAAAAUUGACGCACUGAUAGCACUUUUGAUACCGUUGCGUCGUGUUUUCGGUUCGUAAUUUUCGUCAGUCAUUCUCCGCUCGCCCAGAAGGAGGGUAUGCUCGAAGCGGCGUGAGAUUAAAAACGUCGGAAAACACACUGGCCCCGAUCACAGAUAAUCGAUUAUUGCACAACGCGAUAGAUUCCUUUUCUAAUAUGUGUGCAAAUGUAAAGCGCGUAUUUGACAGAUUUUUUUUAACAGUGAAAUAAUCGUCGACCGUGCGAUAAGAUAUUAUUAACCGAGGAUAAUAAUUAUUUGACGUUUAUUAUUAUUCUUGACGAGCAGAUAUCACAUGACGUAUGGAACCGAAGGUUCCCCCAGAGAUAUCGACUCUCGUAAUAAUAGAAUAAAUAGUGCAAUAGUUGUGUUUUAAAAGCAAAAUAUAACAACAUCACAAAGUUGUUUUAAAUAAUAAUGUAUUGCGCUUAAAUGACUCGCGCAAGCGUGGGGUGAAAUAUUUUUAUUUCUGUUGAUAUUUUUGUUUUAUUAUUAUUUUAUUAUCAUUUGUUUUUUUUUUAUUUUUUUUUUUAUUUCCAUUUCGGUGGCACAGUGCGAAUCGUGCGAUUCGAAACCGAACCCUCGAAUCGCGAUAAUAAUUGCGAAUAGUUUAGAUUUGUGCUCCGUACGACGGAGGUGCACUUUGAAUUUACCUGCAGUGCGCCCAGAUUUCUCCUCAUCGUUUAUUUAAUACACUCGUCUGGAUGGGAGGCAUAAAUUCCCGUAAUAUGGAUUUCGAGCAGGAUCCAGGACUCACAGCAAUUUUACAAUAUUUAAUAAGAAGUGGGCAGGUACACUUCAUAUCUUCGGAUCACGAUGAUUCGGACGAGGAAUAUGCUGCCAUUCCGCCACCGUACAGAGUUACAACUAGGCCCAACACAUCAAUACUCGAUAAAAGUGAAAUAAGUCUAGCCACAAAACAGGCUUGCGGUCUGUCUGACGACGGGAGCAAACAGGCCACGUCUAUAACGUCCAUGAUACAAAACAGAGCUCUCGGCCCCGGAUUCAGCAUCGGACAAAAAUGUAGAAUAGCCAGCAGCUUUCUGCCGAACAAAAUGCACCCCCUCGUCAAAUACAGCAGCAAGGCGUUCUGCGGAUCGCACUCCAAAGAUGGAAGAUUUUUUCUCACAGCUAGUCAAGACCGAUUCCUGCGUCUCUAUUACACGCAAGAAGGAGAGUUUGUGGAGUUCAAAAAAAUACCCGCACGAGACGUGGGCUGGAGCAUCCUCGACACAGCCUUCAGUCCCGACGGCAAUUACAUCGUCUACUCGAGCUGGUCGGAGUGCUUGUACCUAUGCCCUGUCUACGGGGACUCUGAAAAUCAGGAGUCCUUGUCGCUGUGCCCGGAGGAUCGUAGGUUCUGUAUAUUCUCUCUGGUGUUCUCGAGCGACGGCAGAGAAAUACUCGGUGGAGCCAACGACGGAUUUUUGUACGUCUACGACAGAGAAUGCCACCAACGGGCCCUCAGGAUCGAGGGCCACGACGACGAUGUAAAUACAGUCGCCUUCGCCGACAACACCUCCCAGAUCCUCUACAGCGCCGGUGACGACGGUCUCUGCAAGGUGUGGGACAGGAGAACGUUGAGUGAAACUGACCCAAACCCUGUCGGUAUUUUGGCAGGACACAUGGACGGGAUAACCUACAUAGAUCCGCGGGGGGAUGGCAGGUAUUUGGUAACGAACAGCAAAGACCAGACCAUCAAGUUGUGGGACGUGAGGGCCUUUUCGAACCAGGACGCCGAACUGAACACUCGAAAGGCCGUUGCUCUCCAGAAUUGGGAUUACAGGUGGCAGAAAGUGCCCAAAAGCUUGUACAAGGCGAAGAACAUGCUCGAGGGGGACACGAGCGUGAUGACGUAUCGAGGGCAUUCGGUGCUGCAGACAUUGAUACGCUGUCACUUCUCACCUGCCGCGACCACUGGCCAGAGAUACAUAUACACGGGUUGUGCGACAGGGAAAAUAAUAAUAUACGACGUGCUGACCGGAGCCAUAGUGAGCUCUCUGGGAGGACACAAGGGGUGCGUACGAGACGUGAGUUGGCAUCCGUACCACCAGGAAAUCGUAUCGACUUCUUGGGAUGGAACAAUAGCCAGCUGGCGUUACUCUGGUAAGGCGUCGAUGGACUCUUCGGACUCGGACGACGACAGCGACACGCAAUCCAUGCCACGUACCGGGCUGAGAAGAAGUCAGAGGAUAGCUGCGCAGCGAGCGAAGCACACAGCUGCUUGCUAGGCGAGCGUAGCCACAUGGCCAGGUAAGAUUUGGGAUGCGCUGCUUUUAUUGGCGAACGGUGUAAAGUAACUGCUGAAACCUAGAACGUUGGUAUCGAGAAGAGUAGAUUUUGUACAAGACUGAACAAAAUGGUGUUUGCGUUUAUAAACAGCGUUAACAAAUCAGCCCAUUUUUAUUAUCGUAAAAUAAUUGUUACAUCAUAUCGAUCGGAACUAAUUAUUAUUUUAUUUUUUCUCAAACUGUGCUUCCCCUAAAGUUCCACUUGUUGCUAACUUUUUUCACCGCAUCCCAAGGGCAGCGGUGAGAACUGAGAAAGUUAAACAAGAGUUUGAACGAAAGAAACGGAUGAAUUAAAUUUAGCGUCAAACAAAUAUUUGAACACACGUGUAAACAUAAUUAGAUAAACUCCAGACGUACUUUUAUCAUCACCGUUUAGAUCGGUCGCCAGAUUGUACGUCAACGUAAUCAUAAUGUCGUUGCGCAAUCAAAAAACUAAAUUAAUCGGUGAAUACGUCCGACUCAAUUGUCCUUUAAGAUGCGCAGACAGAUGUGUCUGAGGAUUAUCAUCCCGCGUUUACUUGCCAUAGGUAGGAAUCUACCUUUUUAGAGUCUUACUUUUAUGACGAGGAAACAGAGAAUCACGCUGCUGAUGCACUUGCACUGCCAUCGGAAAAAAUUAAAAAAAUAUGUAUAAUAUCCUACUCACAUAUAAUUCGAUGUAAAUAUUUUGCGGAUAGAUAUUUCCGGCGAUGAUCAUCGCUACGGAUAAUGACAAUGAAUUUACGAUUUUAAUCCGCCUUUUACCAUUACCUACAUCAAUCCGAAUGAAUUUAAACAACGGAUCGAUGAUAAUUAAUUAUUGAGAUUGGAAUAUAAAAAUAUUUUCACCCACACCUUCCGUGAUGCGUGAAACAUCGAAUCGAUGCAUUUCCCCACGUAUCUUACUAUAGGGUAUCGUUCUCUCGUUUCUUUUUUGUUCUAAUUUAAAUUUAUUUUCCUUUUCUUUUCUCAUUACUAUUAAUGGAAAAGAAAUGCACGAUCCGUGCGAUUCACUGGUGAUGUAAAUAUAUGUAGACUUAAAAAAAAAAAAAAAUGAUGAAAAAGAAAAUACAAAUAGUGUACAAAAAACCAACAACAUAUCUUCUUAAUGUGAAUAUUGUUAGUGAAAACAAGAGAAGAAAAAAAUCAAAAUCAAAAAAAAAAUAAUCAGUCAAAACGUCAACUUUUCUCACAAUUGUUUUUGGUUUUCUUUAAAUAAGGAAUAAAAAAUCGUGAUAUUUGUUAGAAAAAAAAUUAGUCUUUUGUUUCUGUUAAAUUUAAAUACACGGUACACAUUCGAUCUCCUUGUCGAUGAUUGGCUCAGUUUAAAAGUGUCCUCGUUUCCGGACGUGAGGUAAAAUUAGAGAUUUGCGCAAGUGAUAAACCGAAAAUGAAACUGGAUCCCGUUUGUUCUUGCGGAAAGCUGAUAAUUUUAACGAACCUGUUAAUAUUGUUGGAAAAAGUUGGUCACAAAAUCAUCUUAACGAGUCGUAUGGCUGUGAUACAAGAAUAAUCAAAUCAUCUCACGUGACUGACCGUAUAAUUUGCGCCAUCUGCCAGAUUAAGAUUGUACAUGAAAAAAAUAUGGUAAUUAUUACGAAUCGCGAUAUAAGUGCGAUUGAAAACACCUCUUUGUAAUUCACGAUUAACUUUAUAAGCUAUACAAAUACUAACGGUCGCUAGUCAAGAGUUACGUGUGAUAAGUGUGCAAAAAUUUGUCAAACGCCGAGGUCGUAUCCGGUGGAUCUAACGACCGGAGGAGGCGAAGUAGUCCUCGCAGUGAUGUUGAGAGGUAUGAACAACCCUGAUUAUUGCAGAUAUUUUGUCGUACGUAGAGAUAAUUGGCAGGUCAAAUAACGAAUUUCUAAGAUUUCCCGUCUUUUGUUUUUCAAUACCGGACGGAAGUUGUUGUGUAAAGCACGGAAUAGGAGGGCCCAGGGAUUUUCUUACUAAAAUGUGGAAAUCGCCGAUAAUGAUCCAUGCAAAGAUGUCUACGACAGUUCUACGAUGCCCCAUGAGAAAAGUGUGUACAUACAGGGACUUCAAAGUUACCUUAAUCCACGCUGCGCAGCUAGCAGAGUUCCAUGCUCAAGCUGUACGAAGGUAUUUGUGAAUACUAAGCUUAGUUAUAUCUGAUAAUGGAAUCUUAGGUUACUCCGAUACAAAUGGGACAAUUUUUGUCAAAUGUCUAUCUUCCAUGUUUUUAAAAUAAUCCAACACGCUGAACAAGUUUCGUUCGGUUUCGAGGGAUAGAAAUCUGUUAGAAACCGCUCGUCGAAGUAUGCCAUGUAUCUAAAGAGCAGUAUCUAUUUUUUAAAUCCAAUGAAUAAGAGAGCAUGAUUCUUCCUUUGCACGGGACACCGUUAGAUAAGGAUAAAUUCAAUUCGUCUCGAUGGCUCGAGCGAAUAAAACCCACAACAUUGGGAUAUGGAGGAAGGAUUGUUCGCUAAAGCCUUCGAUGUGGUUAGAUAGACGGCUACUUGAGAAUCGAUUUAAGGUAUAUUGUGAAUAUUAAGAAGUGAAUAUACUCUACUGUUAAGAGCAUUAAUGAUAACUUUAAGUCAACGGCAUAAUAUUUUAUUGUUCGUGUUAAGCAUCCGAGGUCUUACGGUUAUUUAAACCCACAAGCGACACAUCCUCUAGAGUUAAAAUAAAUUAAUAAUUAUUGAUAAC